AUGUCCGCAGCCCGCGCCAUCCGCCAAGUCUUCCUUGCCAUCGAGCAAGCCGAAGGAGCAGGUGCCCGUGUCCGCCGCUCAAUCGGGACCCCCAAGCUGCGCAACUUCAGCCCCUUCCUGAUGCUAGACCACUUCACCAUCGGAAAGGGCGCCGGUUUCCCAGACCACCCGCACCGCGGCCAGGAAACAAUCACCUACCUACUAUCCGGCGGCGUCGAUCACGAAGAUUUCGCCGGUAACAAGGGUACAAUCGGACCGGGCGAUUUACAAUUCAUGACAGCGGGCCGAGGAAUCAUGCACGCGGAAAUGCCGCACGAGAACGAAGACGGUAGUCCGAAUGUCGGCAUGCAGCUCUGGGUCGAUCUACCGAAGGAACUAAAGAUGUGCGAGCCUCGGUAUCGGGAUCUGCGCAGUUCUGAAAUUCCCGUCGCGAGUGUUGACGAGGGCCGCGUUACUGUUAAGGUUAUUUCAGGCCAGUCGCAUGGCAUUGACUCAGUUCGGGAUUUGGCUUAUACACCUGUUUGGUUGCUUGAUGUGACUAUUCGCCCCGGUGGACGGAUUUCGCAGGCUUUGCCGAAGGGGUGGAAUACGUUUGCUUACACAUUGGAAGGGGAUGCGGUUUUUGGAUCGAGUGAUUCUACGCAGCAUGUGAAGCAGUUUCAUAAUGUUGUUUUUGAACAGGAGGGAGAUUUUGUUGAGGCUUCUGUUCCUGAUAAUGCGGAGACUGGGGCAAGGUUUAUUAUUGUUUCUGGUCAGCCUCUUGAUCAGAAGGUUGUUCAGUAUGGUCCUUUUGUGCUGAAUAGUCAGGAAGAGGUUUAUCAGGCUAUGGUUGAUUUCCAGAGUGCGACGAAUGGCUUUGAGAAGUCGCGGAACUGGCAGAGUGAGAUUGGGAAGCGGAUGGCUCACUAG